AUUAUCUAUGUAAAUGAAUUACCUAAUCCUUUAGCUUAUGUAACAUGACCCUAUAAAAUACUAGCUGUGAUGAAAUAAACUUUGCCUCUGAUUGACCAUCUUCAGUGGCCCUCCUGAUGUGUGUCAUCCUCCUCAGCACAUCACAUUAUCCUCACCCCUCUGGAAUCCUUGAAUGUUUAUCGGUCUCCUAACAGUAGAUCUUGGGCUGUGAAUGCGAAAAUCAGAGAACUAACUACCAAGGAAAAACUAAGGUUAUGGAAGUUCUUGGGGGAAUUAUCUUGCCAUUACCAUUUUAUUCUAAAGAAAGCCUGCACUUUGCUAGAACAUUCAAAUUCCAAGACACAGAUAUCCUCCUGGUUUCCUAUCCCAAAUCAGGUACAACCUGGAUGCAGCAUAUUCUGAGCCUUAUGCUCAACAAGGACUUCCAGAACCAAAAUAGCAUGCCUACCUAUAUUCGGGUUCCCUUUGUCGAAGUUUCAAGCUUUAAGAUAGAGUGGGACAAAAUGCCUGCACCACGCCUCUUUGCUAGUCACCUCCCUGCCAACUUUUUCAUCAACUUGAAGAACUCCAAGACUCGAGUAGUGUUUUUGGUACGAAACCCAAAAGAUGUUCUGGUCUCCUAUUAUCACUACCACAAGUUCGCGAAGUUUCUGCCAAAUUUCAAUUCCUUUGAUGACUUCUUUCAUCAGUUCGUCGAAGGCAAAGUGAAUUAUGGUUCCUGGUUUAACCACACUAAGAGUUGGUUAGAUGUCUACCAUGAACUGAAUUCCUUUCUGAUCACCUAUGAAGACCUGUUCCAGGAACCUCGCCAGGUUAUCCAGAAUCUGGCCAACUUCCUGGGAUUGAAGCUGGAACCGAAUGAUCUGGAGAACAUCCUACAUUGCAGCAGUUUUUCCUACAUGAGUCAAAAUUACUCCCUCAAUUAUUCUUCUUCCAAAUUUUUUGACCAGAGCAACGGGAAAUUUUUUAGAAAAGGUGUAACAGGAAACUGGAAGGAACACUUCUCACAAGAGCAGAAUGAUGAAUUUAAUAAUAUCUACCAGGAAGAGUUGGGAGAUGUCAACUUUAAAUUUGACUGGUCUCUGAACUGACCAGGAAAACAAAAACUAGACCUUUCUCUAAUCCUCAGGCUGAUUACUGUAGUGAUGCCUCACUAUUCUACCUUACUUUACCCCACUCCUUGACAUAAUCCCAUACCCUUCUAUUCAGUAUCUGGCCAGUACUAAGUCAUCUCCUAUUUUCAAACUUUUUGGCACCAUAAGACCUUUCUCCUUGUGAAGUAGGGGGGACUUAGGACAAUUUAGACCCACUGAGGAAAGCAACCAUAAAAAUAUGCCUGUAAGUCUGCCUGGGAUUUUUUGCUUAGCCAAUCUCAAUACAAGUUUCUGUCUGGCUAAAACUCAGAUAAGGAGAACUCUUGAAAACUUCCCACUUGGUCAUAAGAAAACCUUGAGCCAUUCCUUAUUUUAAUGACCAGAGAAGCCUUUGUAAUGUCAUAACCGAAUUACCCAGACCUCCCUUCCCUCGUUUCCUGUGAACUCUGAUGUUACUCUAAGCAAAUCAACUAUCACCCUUUUUCAAUUGCUUGAGCAAACUAUAAAAUGUAAGUCUAAACUCUGAAUAAAUGGAAGCCAUAACUCUCA